AUGUCAACAAUAGAAAGUGAUUUUGAAAUUUUCUUUAACUCUUUAAAAAAGCAAGAAUUUUCUGCAGAUGAAAUUUAUAACAUUUGUAAACCUUUAAGACGUUAUACUCCUAAUCAUUGGCAAAACGUCAAAAAAUGGUCUAUAAUUUGUUUAAGCCUAACAUUUCUUUACAUCAUAAGUAUGUGGACGGAUGGCUUAAGUUGGUUUCUAAGCGCAUUGGGAAGACUAUUUCUUAUACAACUUUUGCCAUACUGGAACUGGCCGGAAUUAUAUAAUGCAAAGUGUUUGAUCGAUAGACCAAUGGAUGUGAAGGAAAAUCGUGUUGCUGUUUCGAAAUUAGGACGUUAUGAAACCGAAAAGGAAAAUUGUUUGUUAUGUGAUACAAUCGAUUAUAUCCCUUCUCUAACCAACACCUCCUUUACAUUUCUGGAAUCAACGUAUUUAGAAAGAUCUUAUCCUGUCAUUGUAACGGAUUCCCACGAUGUAAUGUCGCUCAGUGAUAUAUAUCAUCUAAUUUUUAGCAAAUCCUUUGAAUUUCUAAAAAGUAAUCCCUGUGAUGUUUCUACCAAUCUAAUGCUGAAUAAGCGUUUCGAUAUCGAAAUUGCUUUGCACAAAGCUUGGAACUUUCAUCAUUCCUCGGACAAAUGGUUCUUACAACUAAGAAAUUGUCAAUUUAAGGCAGUUAAAUCAUCGAGAAAUUUCAUCAAAAGGCCAUAUUUUUAUCCAGUACAUUUGGAGCCAUACUAUUCUAGUUGGCUGAUAAUAUCUCGCAAUUACAGUUAUAAAUAUCAGCAAGAAAUUUUUCUUCAAGGUCUCAUCGUUGUACAACAAUUAUGGGGUUCAAUGGACUUGAGUUUAAAUGCCAAGGAACCCUGCUUGACCUGUCCCGUUAUCAAUGUACAUUUGAAGGAAGGCGAAAGUUUCAUAUUUUCAACAGAUUUGUGGGUGUUUGGUUAUAAGUUUGUAAAUGACCAAAGUGAAAGUAUUGCUACUAUAAUGGAAAUUGAUUGGAAUAUUUAA